AUGAAUUUUACUAUAAAAAUUGUGGAUCCACAACCUCGGGAUCGUGGAGCUAUUUAUGAAAAUGGAACACUUACCGGCGUCACAAAAAUGAUAGCCGAAGGCAACGGAAAUAUUACGAUUAUAUGUAUAAUGUAUGAGAAAAGACGUGCCCAAGUUAUGGAUGCAACUUUUUCGUACAUGAGCUUUCCCUUGAUACUCGCCAUACCACAUGGACGUCCCCUCUCUCCGUUGGAGCGUCUUUUUAGACCUUUUAAGUACAUAAUUUGGUCACUGAUUUGCUCCAAUAUCGUCCUGGCCGUGCUUAUCAUAUACGCACUCAAAUUUCUAGGCAGCAGCCGAGUUGUCUCUUUUGUUUUUGGCAGCAGUAAUCGAAUUCCGUUCAGCAAUCUGUGGGCCUCGCUUUACGGCAAUGUUAUUCAUAAUCAAUUACCAUAUCGCAACUUUUCGCGAUACCUCCUGGGCUUGUGGUUGCUGUGCACAUUGGUUUUACGCUCCGCAUAUACUGGACAGCUUUUUAUAAUGUUGCAGGAUGGGCGCGCUCUUAUAUCGUUAAAAUCAUUUGAGGAGAUAGUCAAGCAGAACUACACGGUUAAUACCGCACCAAUAUUGACCGAUUUACUUAGUUCAACACUUGGCGGUGCGUCUAUUGAUUUUUUUGAUGGCGAUAAAAACACUAUGCCUCAGAUAUUGAAACGGAUCGCUAAUGGUUCGAAGGAAACACUGACUAUAAUCGAGCCGGCAUUGCUUUACUUCAACUAUCAGCAGACCACGGAAGAUGAAAGGGUAGCAAUCCUGCCGCAAAAGUUGAUUAUGUCGCCGCUCACAAUGUAUAUGCCAAAACAUUCCUAUCUGCUUUGGCCGAUCAACAAUAUUAUUCUCUAUUUUAUUGAUGUAGGCAUAAUCGAUAAAUUUGAGAAAAGAUAUCGCUCGAUUAACCAGAUCAAUGAAUCACAGGAGCCUGUGAAGUUGUCACUGUUUCUGCUUCUGGCAUAUUUAGCCUCUAUGGAGCCCUAA